GUGUUUUCCAAAGAUGCUGUUGAAGUAGUCUUUGCUACUGCUUUCCUUCACUCAGUCAAAGCUCUUCAUAACAUGGGCUGCAUGAAAUCAAAGCAAACUUUCCCACUUCCCACCACACUCGAGAGUGAGAAGAGGCAUGAGAGUGAAGAAAACUUUAUGCCUGAAGAGAGAUUUCUACUCAGGAUGCCUUCUCUAGUUAACAUCAAAGAGGAAGUGAAGGAACCCCUAGGGCCUGAAAUUGUGGUCUUUGAAUUUGCACACCGCCUGUCCCAGGAGAUCUUGAGUGAUGCCUUGCAGCAGUGGGCUGGCAACCACCUCAAGUACUAUGACAUCCCAUAUAUUGAGAGUGAGGGGCCUUGACGCUGUGUGUAGGAUGAUGACACUUUCUCAAACUGUGGAUAAAGUUGGUGCUAGUUUAAAUACAUGAAACAGCAGCAAAAACUGGUGUGAAUAAAUACAAAUAACU